AGUUCUUUGUUGAGGAUCCUAUGAACUUUGAGACUAUUGCCGCAACCUUCAACAAAUCAAGCCGAUUUGGCAGAUUGCAAAGCAUUCAGUGUGCAAUAGCUGGGAAGAAUCUUUAUAUGAGGUUCAGCUGCAGUACUGGUGAUGCCAUGGGUAUGAACAUGGUCUCCAAGGGGGUGCAAAACGUUCUUGAUUUUCUUCAGAUCGAAUACCCUGACAUGGAUGUCCUUGGCAUAUCUGGGAACUUUUGCUCAGACAAGAAACCCGCAGCAGUGAACUGGAUUGAGGGGAGAGGCAAGUCGGUUGUAUGUGAAGCAAUAAUCACGGAAGAUGUGGUGAAGAAAGUGUUGAAGACUGAUGUAGCUUCCCUAGUGGAGCUGAACAUGCUAAAAAACCUGACGGGUUCUGCAAUGGCUGGCGCUCUUGGUGGUUUCAAUGCUCAUGCAAGCAAUAUUGUCUCUGCUGUAUUCCUAGCCACCGGCCAGGAUCCAGCUCAGAACGUGGAGAGCUCUCACUGCAUCACCAUGAUGGAACCGGUCAAUGAUGGCAAGGACCUGCAUGUCUCUGUGACCAUGCCUUCGAUUGAGGUAGGAACUGUUGGCGGGGGGACUCAGCUUGCAUCUCAAUCGGCCUGCUUGAACCUACUGGGAGUGAAGGGAGCAAACAAAGAGUGCCCUGGCUCAAAUGCACGGCUCUUGGCAACUAUUGUGGCUGGUGCAGUUCUUGCCGGGGAGCUAUCCCUUAUGUCUGCCAUUGCCGCAGGUCAGCUGGUCAAGAGCCACAUGAAAUACAACAGAUCUAAUAACAAUGUCACAAAGGUAUCCUCUUGAUGUGAUCUCUUCUCGGCAGCCCGGACAUACUCUCCUCCAGUGCUUUCCUGUUUCUAUUUAAGUGGAUCAUCAUAUGUACUAUACUGUAUGGUUGAAUAAUGAAUGAGAUCAAGUUUGGGAAUAAAUUCAGCUCCCUGUGUAUGGUCUUAAGGAGUUCAGAAUGAGUAUUUGUACUAUAUGUUUUAACUCUAUCUGUUUGCAUGUGUGACAAGAUGGAAGUGGACUGUUUCAUCAACAAGAUGGAAGAGGAACUCUUUUCCUUUGUAGAUAUGGUUGGUUUGAUCUAUUGUCAUGAAGUGAUGUUC